AUGCUCUGCAAGGCUUUUAUCCUAUGUCUUGUGCCUCUCGUCGCCGCACACGGCAAGGUGGCCGUAAUGCAAGGUGAUGUUGCUGGCAACACGACGGGUCUGGCUAUCCAAGGUGCUGUUGUUCCAGGGCCCGGAAAGAACAAAGUUACCGAAGUCGACACUACUGUGUUUGGCAGGACCAAUAUCCAGACAAACGGUCUCGGCAGAACCGAGGGCGGUGGCAAGAACACUGUCGACAUGGUUGCCCAAGCACAGGAACUUUCCGGCGCUACCCUUCCCCAGGUCAACACCUCGAUCACUGGCGUCUUCCAUGUCGUGACCUCCGACGGCUGCGGUCCAGUCAAGGCCGUUGUAGACCCCACAGGGACGGGCCAGUUCGCCGACGGCACCGUAGUCGAGGCCACGUCUGACGUGCCUGGUACACGGGGCAACUGCCCGCGCAGCAUCACAAAGAAGUCCUACAUCCGUUCCCUCCUGGAGACCACGGGUGUCAUCCAGAAGCGGGCCACCAAUGUCAACCAGGACUUCAACGUGGCCUUUACUAUCCCCUCGGGCACGACCUGCCAGGGGACUGCCAACGGUGAGUCCGGUGUCUGUCUGUUGAAGAUUGCCAACAACAAUGCUGCGGGACCGUUUGGUGGUGUCAUUGCCUUCCAGAUGGCAAAUGGUGCUACGCCUGCUGCUGGUGCGGUGCCUGCUGCUGGGACACCGGUGCCUGGUGCCGGUACUGGUACCGGGACUGGCACCGGGACUGGCACCGGAGCAGGCUCAGGCACCCUGAAUGGCGGUGCAGGGACUGGUACGAAUGUUGGAGGUGGCACUGCCAGAAGACACGCGCGAGGCUUCGCCGCCUAA